AUGAUGGCGGUGGAUUUGACUCCGAGGUUUAGAAGACUGAAUAGUCAAACGAGAUGUUUUAAUGAGAAGAAACACCCGACAGGACCGUUUAGAGCAACCCAGCUGUGGCGUAACAUCAUCAAGAGCUUACAGACGCAGGUGGAGGUCAGGCGUCGGCGACAGCACUUGCGAGUACACAGAGACUGCUUCACUGGCUCCGAUGCCGUCGACGUGGUUCUCAGCCACCUCAUGCAGAACAUCUAUUUCUGCACCAGCGACGUGACCCGCCUCAAAGCUGUUCGGCUUUGCCAGGCCCUCAUGGACGCCCGAGUGUUCGAACCUGUUGGUGUGAAGCUCUUUUGCAGGGAAAAAGAGCUGGCCUUCGAGGACUCCGGCUAUAGUCUCUACCGCUUUCUGGAUUCCGACGGCCUUCCUGGAUCAGCCAGGCGCAGUGGUGAUAUGGAGAAUGAAACACCUGGGAAAGAAAAUGGAAAGAAGAAGAAGGGAUCCAGGUUUGAUGACGUAAGGACCAUCUCCAACCCGUUGGCAUUGGGAUCCUCGGACAGAAGGGUGGAGAGAAUACUGAAAACCAUUAACCUCCAGCCGUCAAUACCUUCAGGCCUGAAUCGUGUUGGUUUAUCUACUACCUACCUCUCAAAGCGAGUGGUACAGGAAGUGUGGAAACAACAAACCCUACUCCAGCUGUUGCAGUUAGUAGAGGUGCCGGUGUUGGACUGCGUCCUGACGUCACCCGCAAAACCUGCUCCUCUUCGCAUGCGUUUGCUGAGGAACCAUGACCUGGUCAUCUCCAACACCUGUGUGGAUCGGGAAGUGUCUCAGGUCCUCAACCUGCCAGAACUGGACUCGUGGCUGAUGGCAGCGGCAGACUGUCUGGAGCUGUUCCCAGAUGAGGUGAUAGUAGCGACAGGAGAGCAGCUGCUCCAGGUCCAUGCUGCGGAGGCUGAUGAGAAGCUGGGUGCUUACAAGAAACUAUUAUUCGACGCCAUAGCCAAGUACUUCAGCAGUCAGGAGAGAGUUCCCUUACUGGCUGGAUGUUACAUGGACAUCUAUGCAGGCAUCCUUCAGCUUCUAGACUCCGGUAGGGCUGAGGAUGCUCUAAAGGCAUCUCGGCUGUGUCUGCGACUUCUGGACACCAGCUCGAGAAACGAACUGCGCAGACUCCUGACCUUCAUGGCUGAAGCUGCCGACCCCAAAGCCUUCCAGCUACACAAAACGAUGGAGAACAGGGCCGUGAUCAGCAGGACGUUCAUGAAGGCUGUGCUUCAGAGCAAAGACGUGUCUCGCGCCCAGUGUGAGCAGCUCCUACUGUUUCUCACGGACCACCAUUUACACCUGUUCAAGACGCCAGCGUCUCUGAUCGAGGCAGUAACGAAGGCCCUGCGAACCCUGCAGCAAGGGCGGGAUCCUGAUAACGUAGCACUGUUCACGUUCUGUCAGCAGGUAUCGACCCGGCAGUUUGAGGAGCAGCGAGAGAAGAACACCUUCGAGAGCCUGAACCAGCUCAUUGAGCAUAUUGCGCUUCGUCAUGACCUGUCAGUCAAACAGAGGAGGCGGCUCAUCAGGGAGUUUCAGAAGCACCACCCAGCAGUGUUUCUCCACCAUUUCUCCUCCACCUUCUAGAACGUUCGACAUAGUUUCUUCAACCAAGGCUCGUUCAUCUAUUCGCUGGAAAGCUAGCCAGAAGUUGUUUAUGCUUGAAGCUGAAACAGAUCGCUUUUCGUAUGCAAGUGUGAUUUAGUCGUAGAACACUGGUAAAUUGGUGAUUGUCGGGUUGUGAUCUAAUCAUUUGUCAUGCAGCUGCACUGCACACGUUCAUUUCUGACACUAAGGCCCAAUCCCAAUUCUAAUUUCUACCCCUCCCCCUUCCCCUCCCCUUGGCCCUUCCCCUUGAAACUGAGCUACAAGGGAUAGGGCUUGAAAUUCAACCCCUACGUAUUGGGAUAGCCCUUCAACGAUCGCAUACGUCAUCGCGUACCUCCGUCAGCGUUUACGUUAGCAAAACGCGACCAAAUGCGUCAUUGGCUGCGACCAGCCGCUACAGUCAGAGGCAGAACCAGAAAUCUCUGCUGGCAGGGUGUGAUUUGUUAACUAACACCACUGAAUGGGAGAUCUUUGGCGCUUCGUGCACCACAUCCGACAGAAUGAGGUGUCAGAACACUCAUGUAAACAAUAAAAGCGAGAAUAACAGAACAAAACGUACGCAGUCAAGCAACCGAAAACAAUACUCACUCCCAAAGCUUUUUAGCAGCAGCUUGGAUUUCAGAAAUCGCUGCUCAUUCUCAGCUCGAAAGCGAAUCAAGCGGCGUGUUUCCUCUGGAUAACAACUUAAAACACGUAAAUAAUGGAGAAAAUACAUUUAUGACAAUCUUUCGCCGCGGGAACCGCCAUCUUUCUGAAAUCCGCAUGAAAUCUCGCUGAAAUCCGCAUGGCAUUGUGGGAAAUCACUCAAACCCCUUCGUUCGGAGUCAGCUCCAGGAAAAUCUCCGUUUGGAGGGGUACAGAAGCCCUACCCCUUCCCCUACCCCUCCGCGUUAACUGGGAUUGGGAUACCCCUACCCCUUCACGUGAACGCGCAAAAUGGAGGGGAAGGGCCAAGGGGUUGGUCCAAGGGGUGAAAUGGGAUUCGGCCUAAAUAUUGCACACUUUUUUUUUUUUUUUUGAUAAAAUCAUUGUUGAAACCCAGCCGUUUUUACAGAUCUACUGUAGGUCGUCUGCCACACACACAGAUAGCUAUGGUGUUGUGGUUAAAUGAUUCAUUUUUGACUCGAUCUUCUAUUAUGAUUGAAAAAACCUGGUCCUAAAUGUUGACCGGUAUCUUUAGAUGCACUGUAGAAUCAGAAUUAUUAUAAUUUCGAUGUUUUCAGGAAGAUUUAAUCCGACAGUAAUAGUAGUCGUAGUCGAUCCACUGGACAGUAAGUGUAGAAAUGCGAUUUUAUGCCGUAAAACUUGUGACCUUCCAGUUUCGGGGCAAUUAGUGGUUUUCUAAUUGAUCAUAUAGAAAAUGAAAUGUACUACUUAAUUUAUUUUAACUGCUCAUGACACUAAUGUAGAAAAAUGAUUGUAUUUUCUGUUUGAAAAGAAAGCAAGUUUUAAUACUAUAUACUUUUUAAAGGUCCCAUGGCAUGGUGGUUUGUUGAUGCUUUAAACGGGCUCGUGGAGGUUUCCGGAUGUUAAAUCCGCAGCCUUUCUCGAAAUGAACCCUCGGCACGUAGAUAUAGCCUCCUGGGAGAAAGCCCCAUUUCAGCGCUUUUCCCAGUGCGUCGUUUUGCUAAUGAGAAGCAGGAGGCGGGGAAGGGUAGAGGGUGGGGGCGGGUCUUAUCAUUAAUAUUCAUGACAUGUAAACAUGUUACCUCUGAUUGGCUAACAGCACUGUGACACUACCUCCAGUGGGUCAGAACAAGCAGAUGUGGGUGUCUUACUAUGGCGAGAGAGAAGGAACAAACCGCGAAGGAAAAAAUACCGCGCGCUGACGUCAUUAAGGUACGACGCGAGGAAAUAAAAUAAAUUCAACAAAUGUUUGGGUUUUUACUGAACAAACAAACAAAAUGAACGAGUGACUUAAAAAAAGAAUGUGGGUGUCUUUGUAAAAACUGUUUUGAUUGGCUGUUAUAACAGAGCAUGCUGCAUGCUUUUUGGUUUUGUAGCGCAGAGUACCUGGCUAACUGCAGGAAGCGGUUAGCUGCACAGCUAAUAUAGCCAUUGCAAGGCUAACGUGGCACCGAUUUUAAAACGCGGCAAAACGACUUAACAGUUAUACACUUACUUGUUCGCUGUUUGUGGCUGAUGCGGCAGGGAUGCUUGGUACGGACCCAGGCUUCAGUGACAGUUGAUGUGCAAAACCUGCCCUGUACUGUCCCAAGUUGUGGAAACAUUCAUCAGGAAAAUGCUUCCGACAAACAUACACCGUCUUAGGUAGACUCGACAGCGUAUUAUUGGAGUAAAUAAAAUUAAGCCACUGCGUCUUCAGGGGCUCUCCCGUCGGCAGUAAAACAGACUCCUUUCUGUGUUGUCACAUCCAUGUACAGCGCAAUUUCCAUGUUUCGCUCGCUUAGGUGAUGCCAUGUUGUUGUGUCCUCUAUGGUCUCCUCACUACAACUGGGCGGGUAAUCCAUAC